GCUUCCACAGAUUCUGCACGAGGUCGUGUCACAUUCUACUAUUUGCCUCAUGUCCCAUGAACGGCAGCAAACCCUGUGUCUUAUCCGCAUGUUCUUACAAGGAGUAUUGUCCAAAGAGGAGCAACAGCAGUCGGUUGUUCAUUUGGAUGCAUUCUGUUCUGAACAUUGGACUCUCGACUCAAUAUUCUAUGGCACAACAUACUUUCCAAAGCAAUUUCUAAUGCUUCCUAGUGCAGCCCCAGUUUGCUCUACGGCAGCUGAGCUACAAUGUGGCCUUUCUGAUACGGCGUCCGCAACACCAACACAAGAUGAUGGUCAACUGACUGAUCAACUUCCCUCAGCCAUUACUGCACCGGACAACUCCAGCGAUGUAGAUGCGUCCAGUAACCACUCUUGUGAACCAAAUGGAGGUAAUAGUGGGAUCAGUAUGGAGGAAAUUUCGCUGUCUACAAAGCAAUCCGAUAUGCGAUCAGUUGAGGCGAGCAAGAAUGCACCCCAGUCGAAAAAGCCUGCCAGUCGUGCAAACCGGAUAUCGAUCUGUCAGACGUUAAGUGAUGUCGAAGAGGAGGAUAGUGGGCUUGAACCCAAAGUGACAAAGGAUGACUGUCACGAUAACGAUGCUACGACAGCCACAUAUGAGGAGAAUAUUCCGAGGAAGAAUGAACACAGUCCCAAAACAUUCCCGCCUACAGUGGACUCUGCAACCCCCGUAAAUUACGCAGACCAACCAGCCGAAUCUAGAGACCAAGUUAAUCAGACAGAGCGGAUCACCGAAUCCACUAACAUGAUUCAAACUUGUCCACAGGCAAACUUCACCAACAAAGUGUAUUGUUUGCCUCAAAUGGUCACAUAUUUUCCCACUCCAGACUACGCUGUUGCUUCUCCCGCUGUGUGUGAUUCUACAGUUGAGUCCACAGUCAUUGAAAGUUCAAAAGCUUCCACCUUACCAUCUGCAUACACAUCUGCAUACGGUGACGUCCUCAGCUCGAACGCCGACAUUUCUCCAUGUCACGCAGGUAUUCUGCUACCUUCAAUGGACCUCAGCGGAACGAUGGAGAUGAAUCACUACGUUGGAGUGCCGUGUUCCGAUACUCAGCUAGCGUACGCCAGCUAUGUGUCAGCCACAACUGCUAACAGGUCCGACCCGAUUUGUGCCCCCUCGUCGGUUCCCACACGGGUACCAUUCUAUUACUUUGAGCAGGAGCCAAAUUAUUUUGUAUAUCCUCAUCAUAUGGCUCAGCCUACUCCGGGCGUUCUGGUGGCCUAUCCAAUAUGAAACGCUCUCCAUAUGCAUGAUACACCUGAACUAGCCGAUUUACAAACAUCCUGUCUUUCAUUCCUCCUGAAUGAACGUUUCGAAGCCAGCUUGUUCUUGUCUACGGCACCUGUCCGUCAGCGUAUCCCAAUCUUCAUCAACCCCAUCAGUUGUAUUUUUUGUCGUAUUCAAACUUUGUGUUUAACCACAGUCAGCUUCCAUCAUUCUCUUUUCUCCUCCUCCGUGAUAUUCCCGUUUUGAUGUGUUUACGUGUGUACUCACCCCAUCAUCCACCUCCCUGCAAGUCAAAUGGGAUUCAAGAAAUCUUCCGUAACUCAACCCUCAGACCUACUUGUAAGUGACCUGGAACAGUUUGCUUUCAUUCGUUUUCGUGCUCCGUUCUCUCCAUGUUUUGUCCUGUGCCAAGUCGAUAUACUUUCUAUUUUCACAA